AUAAGAGGACAGCUUAAGAUUUUUCUUGAUGGUUGUAGUCAGCAUAAUCAUAGACAAAGACAACUAACUAUUCAUUGGCACGAACUUGGCCACGAAACGAAAAUGUCACAUACACAUAACCUAACAUUUGAUUAAAAGAAAAGAACAUUAAAAAGUAUUUGUAUUGAAUUUUGUUGAUUGUUGUAAAUAGAACCAAGUACAGGACAUAGCCUUUAAUUCAAAAUGGCAAUGUUGGUGCCUGCCAUAAAUAAAAGUUUUAUGUUAUUAGGUCAAUGUGUACCAUGCCUUAAACAAGGAGCAUCCAAAUUUAAAGUGAAGCGCUUAGAGCUUGAUACCAAUUUAAAUAUGUUUUUCCCAAAACAUGAGUUCGUGUAUGCACACGAUCCUGAAAAGAAAUGUAAGUCUGGUGAUAUAGUCAUAGUUGAACUUCUGCCAGAAAGACUUACUAGAUUGAUUACGCACAGAGUGAAAGAAGUCUUGUACCCAUAUGGUGACAUAACAGACCCUGUUACUAACAAAAAAGUUGUUGCUGGUAAAUACAGAGAUCAUAUUGAAGACAUAAACAAGGUAUAUGGUGAGAAGAAAUCAUCGUUUAACUAUAAAAAUGCUCCAAGUAGAGGUUGGCAAGAAGAUAAGAAAGAUUUUACACAUUUGGAAACAUAUAUUAAGUACCAUGAGUCAGGAGAAGAUGAUCCUAAAGCGGUGUAGAAAGUGUUUUUAUAAAAAAAUUGUACAAUUAAACUUUCGUUAAUAGUUAUAUUAAUAGUUAUUAUAGUUUUAUUAUUACCAUAA